GUAAACGCCAGCCAAAGGAGAAAUGCAUGUUGCAUGGUCCACCGUUGAACAAAUGCAUGUUCACCGUUAACCAAGGGGUAAUUGCCCUCCUUUCACACAUUUUAAAGCUUUUUGCACACAAAUAAAGUUUAAGGGCAUCAAUGCCCUUUGAUGACAACUUCAGGGGCACUUUUGCCCCUUUUCCCGUUUAACUAAUUACUUGGCCCAGCCUAGUUCCUUUUUUACACCUUAUUAAACUAUUCAUUAUUAUUGGAGCUACCUUUGUUUAUUGGAGAUGAAGUAUAUGGAUGGAUCGUUAGGAUGGAUGGUCCGUAUUUCCGUCUCAAUGCUACUGUGGAAAAAGAUAAGUUGAAGUAGCAGUAGGCGCGAUAGAGGAAACGGCGUUAGACUGGUUUCAAUGGUGGGAAACUCAAACGAGAGAAAAAAAUUGGGUUGAAGCCGGAAUCUGUGAUCAAGGAAACAAAUCCGGAAGAACUCGAGGAGCAAAUUAUAGUUGCCGAUGGACCUGAAUCUGUAAUCAAGAAACUGAAUCCAGAUGAUGAACGAGAGGAACAAUCAUCUGUUGCUCAGGUUUCUAUUCCUGAAGUUCGUUCAGUUGUUGUAGGGCUCAUAGGAAAUGUUCCAAGUUCUUUUGCUUCUCUGUCUCUCAUACAAUAUAGAAGAAACACACAAUAAUAAUAGGAAAAUGAAUCAUUUAAAAAAUGAGAGCAGUCAAUUCGUGUUUACGAAAGUCAUUCCUGGAAAAGAAAAGGGUGUAGUCAGAAGUUCUUUAGGAAUACUUUGUGAGGAUGAUAGAUGGGACUGGGAUGAAAAUUUUGCCAAUAUCAAAGGUUGGGACCAACGAUCUUACAGGAUCAUCCAUUGUGCAGAAAGGGUACAGCAAUAAAAUAGUUCAUAAUUAUGAAGUGGAUACUGUACUUGCAGCAACAGAUGGGAAUCUUGUGAAAUUUGAAAUAAAGGAGGGAUCACAACACCUAUGUGUGGAAUCUCCAGUAGUGCAUGAACUGAAUUUUCAUAAAUCAGGUUUACCUAGUGAAGGAUUAGUCUCACUACUCUCACAAACCUUCUCUGAAAUUCACAUCGACAUAAUCGUUGCCAGAAAAAGCCACAAUGCUCUUCUCAAGCAUGGUGAUGUAGCAGCUGAAGCUACUACAAAGGCAGCUGGAUUUUAUCUUGUAGAACCUUUAUAUGAUGAUAUUGAUUACAAUGUAGAGGCUUCAAAGUUUGGUUAUCAUGUAAAACAUGUAGGCCCUCAUUCAUUUUCUUCUCAGAAACUUGGCCAAAGAUUAAUACGCAUUUAUUCUAAGGAAGAUAUUAGAGAGCCUUUUCCAUCAGGUCUUUUGUCAUUGAGCAGUGAAGGUGGUGAUAGGAACAAUUCAGAAAUUGCUGUAGGUGGAACUAUUAUCUUUGACAACGUAAUUCCAGGGAGUUUCUAUCUCAGGCCUUUGCUUCUGUUCGGGGUGAACAAAGUGAUGAUGAAGUUCCAGGAAGUCCUGAAAUUCAUGGUACCACAACCAGUGAAGUACUCGGAAGGAAGAGGCGCCAUGAUAGGAACACCUAUAAUAAUACUAACAAGAAUAAUAGAAUAGUAUUAAAGAGUGUAAUAGUGUAUAAGUGAAGGUUCUGAGCCAUUUAGUAAAUCAGGAAUAAUGGGCCUGCCCUUAAAGAAAUAGAAAUCUAAGAGUAAGGAAGGGGAAAAGAAGAGGGUAGACAAGUAAUCAGUUGGGAUUAGGCUGGGAGAUUGAGGCUUCUCUAACAGUCUCGUUGGUGUUAUAAAUUCUCUGUAAACACUCCAUUAACAACAAUAAAGCUUUUCUUGAUCAAUACUUGAUCUUCUCUUUACUAAUUCUGUAAGAUGAUGAAACAAUGUUCAAGGCUCUGCAAAACUGAAAUGUUCAUUUAGCACCAAAUGAAAGCUAUCUUUUGAAACUUGGAAUAUUUUUCACAUAUCAACCUUUUAUCACUGGUGAGAAAGAAUCUAGUGUAUGCAACACACAUACCUAUGAGAUUACUGGUUUAUAAUUGAAACAUGACAUCAAUGUGAAUUCAUAAUCCUUAUAAAGAAAAGAAGAUACUCAAAUUUUCUGAAAAUCCUUUACAGCAAAUGAAUGACAUAAUCCGGUUGCUAGCAUAAAGAAUGAAAUCCAUCAAGCGUCAGGAUAACACAUAACUACACAGAUAUAGAAUUUGUAGAAUUAUUAUGAAUCCAAACAAUCAAAAUAAACUUGCAGAUCACUAAGCUCAUCUUUUGAUAGAAAUGCGUCCCGUUAAUGAAGAUAAUGGCAAACUCAUCAAUCUUUGUAGGUACGUGUGCCAUGUGCCUGGGGGAAAAUCUAUCGGGCAGAUGACCAUGCUCUCUAGCACAGGCGAAUGGCUUAAUAUAAUUUUAGCCAACUCUAGAAAUGGAACGCUUUUACUGAAUUUGCAUGUGAUGUAAACCUUCUUCAGAUUUCUCAAAGUAGGGACAUCAGACUCUUUGAAUAGAACAAAAUCCGAAGUCAAGCUUCGCAAUCCACAGCUUAUGAUUAAUCUUUCCAUAUCUUGAAAACUGUGAAGAGCAAUAAGCAAACCCUCCAAAUCAACGUCUUCACCUUCAAUAGCAAGUCGUUCAAUGGUCCAAGGUGAGGCAAAGUAUUGUUUUACUGUCCCUUGAAACCUAUUAACUGUCCAGCUUGAUAAAGUCAGUCUGCGAACUUGGGCUAUUGAAGAGUACAGAUCGCUCAAAGUAGGCUUGAAUGCCAUUUCUGCCACAAAAUCUUGAGCAUUAGUAAACCCAAUCUUCAAGUCUGUAAGGCAUGGUAUUUCAUCUAGAAAAUGCCUCUCAUACAAGUCCCCUAAUAAAUGUAAACCCAAAAGAUUUGGGCAUGAAAUUCCGAUCAAAGCAUUUAGAAGAACUCCAUGGACAGAUUCUGUGAUGACUAUCAUCUUCAAGCUUAAUGACUUGAUCUUCAAGUACCGGUAAGUAUUUCUAAUACUCAAGGUUAGUUCUUCAAGCUUGGGGCAACCUAAGAGAAUUUGUUCCAUUGGAGGGGAUUUAGAGAAAUACCCGUCAAGACUCAAGCUUUUUAAGGUAAUCCAGUGCACGUCAACGUUUGCUUCGUAGUUACAGCCCAGAAGACACAGUCUCUUUAAUGAUGAACAUAAAUGAACGCAGGCAGGAACAGGGUAUAAUUCAUCGUUUCCUUCAAGAUACUCUAAUGCCACAUGUAAGUCUUGAACCCCAUUCAGCUUCGCAAAAAGCAUCCACCGAUCAAGAUCAGUGUGGCAGGAACUCGAGUGAAGUCUCAAAUGUAUGACAAACUUUUCAAUGUUAAAACCGUUCCACAACAUUAAGGUACGGUCGAUAGAAUUUCUUACUUCUGUGUGCGGAAGCGAUUCCAAUUGUCCAUCCGUAAAAUUUAAACAUCUGAGCUUCCUCCAUAAAUUUCUCCACCUGGUAGACAACUGAUUAGUCGAGAAGACGUCAUGUAUGGGCAAGAAGGAAAGAAUUUGCAGAAGCAAAUCAUCUGAGAAUUGACUGAUUCUAUCCAUCUUCUCCUGACUGAGAUAUUUGAAAGUACUCGUAUUUACCGUUUGAAAGGAUGACAAGAAUGGAAAGGAUUUGCCGUAGGAAAGGGUAAACCGUAUGAAAGGA